UUUUAAUAAUUUUUUAAAAACUGAUAACACCCGAAAAAAACAGCAAGAAACUAAACAAGGAAGAAAAGAACGGUCGGUGAGGAACUCUCGUGAAAGUCUUCAAAAGACUUUUAACGGAAAAACAAAAAACAAAAAACAAAAACUCUUGUGAACGUAAGUGCAUGGACCGAAUUGCACCCGAUCACGUCGGUUCCACAAUCCUCUCCUAUAUUAAGGCCUUCACUGCUCCUUAUCAUCUCAAACUUCUCAUUUAUUAAUAAGUGUCAUUCAAAAGAAUAAAAUCAAAUACUUACUUUUGAAUCCGUUUUUUUCAUUGUUUGAUCGAUUAUGGGAAAGGUUCUUCAGAAAGAGGCGUUCGGAUUAGCCGCGAAAGACAAUUCCGGAGUUCUCUCGCCUUUCAGUUUCACUAGAAGGGAAACAGGAGAAAAGGAUGUGAGGUUCAAAGUGUUAUUUUGUGGAAUUUGUCACUCUGAUUUGCAUAUGGUCAAGAACGAGUGGGGAAUGUCUACUUAUCCUCUUGUCCCAGGGCAUGAGAUCGUGGGCGUGGUGACUGAAGUCGGAGCCAAAGUGACUAAAUUCAAAACCGGAGAAAAAGUCGGAGUUGGGUGUUUGGUCAGCUCGUGCGGGUCAUGUGACAGCUGCACCGAAGGUAUGGAAAACUAUUGUCCAAAAUCAAUCCAAACGUACGGAUUCCCGUACUACGACAACACCAUAACAUACGGUGGUUACUCCGACCACAUGGUUUGCGAGGAAGGUUUCGUCAUCCGUAUUCCAGACAAUCUCCCCUUGGACGCCGCCGCACCGCUCCUCUGUGCCGGUAUCACGGUCUAUUCCCCUAUGAAGUAUCACGGGCUCGACAAACCCGGUAUGCACAUCGGUGUGGUAGGAUUAGGCGGUUUAGGUCAUGUAGGAGUGAAAUUUGCCAAGGCUAUGGGUACUAAGGUUACGGUUAUUAGUACUUCGGAGAAAAAGAGAGAUGAGGCGAUUAAUCGGCUUGGUGCGGAUGCUUUCUUGGUGAGCCGUGACCCAAAACAGAUUAAGGAUGCAAUGGGUACUAUGGAUGGUAUAAUUGAUACCGUCUCUGCGACUCAUUCACUUCUUCCGUUGCUCGGUUUGCUGAAGCAUAAGGGAAAACUUGUUAUGGUUGGUGCACCCGAGAAGCCACUCGAGCUACCUGUCAUGCCUCUCAUCUUUGAGAGGAAGAUGGUAAUGGGAAGUAUGAUAGGAGGGAUAAAAGAGACCCAGGAAAUGAUAGAUAUGGCCGGGAAACACAACAUCACUGCGGAUAUUGAGCUUAUCUCUGCCGAUUAUGUCAACACCGCCAUGGAACGGCUAGAGAAAGCCGACGUUAGGUACCGCUUUGUGAUUGAUGUUGCCAACACAUUGAAGCCUAAUCCUAAUUUAUAAGUUUUAAGCAUUAAACUUCCUCAAAUGUUAUUUUCUUGUUUGGUUUGUCGUACUAAUUAAGUUUUGUGUUGUUGUAUAACUAUAUAAUUUGGUAUGCUUAAUCCAAUAAAUGAAUAGUAUGAUAUAUAUGAUAAGAUUUUGGGGGUAAGCCAAGAGUUAUAUAUUAGUAUCUAAGGUUUGGAUAAAGAACAGUACUGUUAAAUACCAAAAAUGUAAAGAUGAUGAAAGAAUAAAAAUCAUUUUACAGUGUGAAAAAAAUCAGUUUAUCAUUAGGUGAGUUAUCAACCUGAAAUUAGAUUACCAUGUUCUCGAUCGUGUGAUAAAUAUCUAUCUUCAUAUUGGAUGAUGGAGCGAUAGAAGUGAAAAGUCAAAGAGGAUAAUAAAUGAACCGUAUACGACGACUUGUGUUGUGUUGCUUCCAACAAGAGAGGGGACAGUGAAGUUCGAGUUUGUUCCCAAUGCGAAAGCACUCCAUUCCUUGAUAUGGCUU